GACUGAACUUUACAAAUAUCGCGUUACAUGGUGUGUUUGGUGACUUCAGUUUAUUGGGCUGUAGUUCUGCUGCAUUUAUGUUUCACAUCAGAAGGUUUCAUCCCUCAAAUCACUGACAGGAUAGAAACUGCCGUUGUUCAAGAGAAGGGUACUGCAUAUCUCAAUUGCACUGCAGUAAUAGAAGAACAACAGGAGUCUGUGAGUUAUAAAAAAAUUUUCAUCAUCUGUUUUCGGUGUAUAAUGGCUGAUGCACAUUUAGGGAUGGUUUAAUCCACUAAACAUCUUAAUAUAUAUUAUUGAAUUCUUAUAAGAAUAGGUUACUGUAUUAUUCUCACCACUAAUGUUUUCGAAUUCCUAGAGGAAAUUUAUAGAGAAUAGAAAGAGAUAACAAUGAGAUCACUGUUAUCCCUAGCCAUUAGCUUUAACUACCCAUAUUCAUGGAGAAUUGGGGAAGUAUGACUUUUAAAACAUUAUAUCCCAUUUCAUAGCUAUAGCAUAAAUAUGAAGAUGACAUUCCCACAAUAUUUUUUCACACGGAUAAACUGGAUAAUACUUUGGAGCGACAAAAAUAACAAUAGGUGAUAUAUUAUAGGGUAAAAUGAACAGAAAAUUAAAGCUUCAAAUUAGUUGGUAUCGUACUUCAGAUAAACAACAGAUAUCAUCUGGAAGUACACUGAAAGAUCCUGUUCGACGUGGUCCACAUGGUGUAAGUAAAUAUGCUGUAAGAUUUCUACCUGGAAGACCAAAUUAUGCUCCUAAUAUGGCAGGCGUUGAUGUCAAUAAACUACGCACUUACCAACUGAUUGUUCGAUUUGUAGAUAUAAAUGAUGCAGAUACACAAUUCAGAUGUGUAAUUGAAUUAAGAACAACACCAGUUGAACGAUGGCCUAUGGCAUAUGGUCGUAUUAUUGUUAAACGUGCACCUGAAAUCCUCCCAGGUUUAACAUCAAAAAUUGUAACAGAAGGCGAAUCUCUGACGUUAGUUUGUCGUGCUCAAGGUUCACCACCACCGUUGAUCAGUUGGACCAGGGCCAAUGGAAGACCAUUAUCACUGCCAGGUUCACCGCAAAGAAUUUAUAAUUCGACACUGUUUAUUCCUCGUGUUGACCGUUAUGAUCGUGGUGUUUAUCGAUGCUAUGCAGUUAACAAUGUAGCUGGUUCUGCAGAAUAUGACGUGAUGGUUGAAGUAAACUACGCACCGCAUGUUCGCGUAGCUCGAUAUAAAGGAGCUUAUGGACAGGCACCAGAUGGAAAUUAUGAUAUGACGCUAGAGUGUAUUGUAAAUGGCUAUCCUGAUCCCGAUUUACUAUGGUAUACUGGAAUUUAUGAUCCUAUAACAAAUAAUAUUCCCUUAUAUGAUAACAAUCGUUAUGAACUUGAAAAAGCUCAUAGUUACGGAGCAGCUGGUACAAAUAUAACUGAUGUCUUUUCUACCCUGCUUAUUCGUAAUGUUCGAGUGGGUGACUAUGGUAAUUACUCUUGUCGAGCUGAAAACAAAUAUGGUUCAAAUUUUGUUGUACUUAAUCUAUUUUAUCAGUCGAUUUGCCAAGGUGCCUAUUGUCCAAUGCUUGGUGCUGUAGCGUUGAAUUCCAGAGUUAAUGAAGAUGGAACCUCAGUGAUUAAUUGAAAAAAUUUAUAUAACUUGUAGAAAUUACUUUUUUCUAUUCUUAAUUUUGUUAAUUUUUUUUCCUUGGAGUAUAUCUUUAUAAUUCAUCUAAUUUGUUAAAAAUACGAACGGUGACUACGCUUUUUGACUCUAAUGUAAAGUGCUGAGUAAUAUGUACCUUUUAUCUUCAUUUUUUGGAUAGCUUAGCUAAAUUUCACCAGAAUUUGUUACUAUUUACUGCUUAUUUGGUAAAUAUUCUCAUUAUGUUUAUGAUUUCUAUAUCAGAAUAAAGGCUGUGAAUAGCUGAACCCUACUACCCAUGUUUAUACAUCCUAAAAUAGAAUGUGCGAAAUAUCUCAGUACCCCGUUACACCUUGUGUUCAUCUCGUUUGGAUAUCAUAGAAUGCGAGUAGUACCUUGUUGCAAGUUGACAGAAACUGACAAAUAAGGUUAUGGGCCUUUGGAGGUUUUCUUACUAAUGAUGACUUGAUGACAAGCUGGUCACAUGCGAGUCUGCCGCCUGUUGGUUUACUCUCAUUAACUUGUUGGCAUGCAAUGCUGUGGUCCUGAGAAACAUCACAACACCAUAUUAGUGUUACUCAUCAAUUCCCAACGAACAUAACACAUUGAAUUUCUGUAAUUUUUGUCAUUUUUAUCCCAAUAGUUUUGUUCAUUGAAUGUCACAUAACAGUAUAACUUAAAACAACACAUUUAAGCGAAAAAUAUUUUUUUCAAUUAGAUCUCAUCAGG